AGUACUUUUCCCACUCUGUCAUGCCAACUUUUUUUUUUUUUCAAGUUGCUUCAUCUCUCCAGUUAGGGAACUUAAUGUUACGCUUUUCUAAAGAAGACGCAGUAGCAUCUAGGACCUUUGACAGCCUGCCCACCUGACUUCACCAGGUUUUAUUCAUUUUACAGUAAGCCCAGCCCCCAUACAAGCAUAAUGAGUGACAAAUGGCAAAAUGCAUAUGACUUUGCUGUUCAAGUGGCAAGAGCAGCUGGAGCGGUAAUUAGAAAAGCCGGGGAGGAUGAAAUAAAGGUCCAGACAAAGAGCUGCUCUGUAGACCUUGUCACUAAGACUGACCAGAGGGUGGAGAAAAUCAUCAUCGGGUCUCUUAAAGAACAAUUUGGAGAUGCACACUGUUUCAUUGGAGAAGAGUCAGUUGCAAGCGGGGUUCAGAUUGUCUUGACUGAUAAACCCACAUGGAUCAUAGACCCGGUGGACGGCACCACAAACUUUGUUCAUGGAUUCCCGUUCGUGGCUGUGUCGAUUGCCUUUGCCGUCGAUAAGGAGUUGGAGUUCGGUGUGGUGUACAGCUGCUUGGAAGACAAGAUGUAUAAAGCACGGAAGGGACACGGAGCUUUCUGCGAUGAUGAGCAGAUUCAGGUGUCCGACGUAAAAGAUAUCAACAAGUCCAUUAUCAUCUGUGAGCAUGGAACUGACAGGAGGAAGGAGACAGUGAGUAAGAUCUUCGGCACCAUGCAGAAGAUCCUCUGCAUCCCAGUUCAUGGGCUCCGUGGGUCGGGGACAGCUGCCACUAACAUGUGUCUGGUGGCGUCGGGGGCGUCGGAGGCCUUCUUUGAGAUUGGGAUCCACCUCUGGGACAUUGCUGCUGGAGUGGUCAUAGUCCGAGAAGCCGGAGGAAUAGUACUGGAUGUUAAGGGGGGACCGUUCGAUUUGAUGUCUCGAAGGAUGCUUUCAGCAAACAACAUGGUUAUUGCUGAGCGGAUCAUCAAGGAAAUUGACCCAUUCGAUGUUGUGAGGGACGACGCUCUAGUACAGCAGAAGAAAUGAGAAUAUCCAAUCCAUGCAUUUUCAAAUGACUACAAGAGCAAAGUCGCUGUACGUCGUAAAUAAAGUUAUUGUGCUUUAAUCACCA